AUGAAGCGAAGACCAUCACACAACCCAGCCAUAUUUGACUAGUACAUCCAAUAUGAUGGUCUCGAAGGAGAAGGAUUUCGAAUUGCACAAUCCCACAACUCAACUGAUAUUUAUAUCGUAGAUGAUUAUGGUGGCUGGGUGGAUAAGGAAUUAAAUUACUAUGACAGAGAUGGAGAACCAGCAGGCUAUUUCGAUAAAGAUUACAACUUCUACGAUAUGUAAGGAUACAGAAUACCCGGUGGUUACAAGGGCGGGAAAUCCAUUGAAAGGGAAAUCAAAAAGAAGUAGAAAUACUUAGACAGUGUACCAGACAACUCUAAACAAAAAUUUGUGGUUGAAAUCUAAAAUCUACCUCCUAACACAGUACCAAUCCAAAUUGUAAAUUACAUAUUGGAACGAUGCGAUCUGAAAUAGAGUGAAAUUGAAGAAUGCAAAAAGGUGUAGAGGUAGUCCACCAAGGGAUAUGUAGUUGUGACUGGAGCAGAGAAAGCAUAGAAACUACUGGUUUUGGAAGGCAGAAAAUUUAGAUUGUAAGAGAAAGAUGGCAAAUUUAUAAGCAAUGAUAUUCAAAUUUUUGUAAGGGAAGCCAAAUUCAAUAAUGGGAGACAAUUCUCAGAUUAUCCCAACAAUAGCAAGAAUAACCAAUAGGUCGAAUAGGAUGAUGAUGGACAAUACAAGAUUGCUUUUGAUAAUCUAGAUUCCAAAAAGACAAACCAGGAACUAAUUAAUUGGAUUGUUGGCCAAACCAAUUGUUCAGCUAAUGAGAUUGAGUUGAAAAGACCCAACCAAAAGACUUCAGGGGAAGUCCUCUUUUUAAAUGAAAAUCUAAUGUACUUAGUUUUGAAAUAAAACGGAAGACAAUUCGGUGAUUCACGUAUUACUUUCAAACAAAUAACUAAAUAAUGAGACUUCGACAUUUUCAGAGUCAUGUGUAUGUGUGAUGUAUAAUAUAGAUACAUAAUAUUUAUUAAAGA